GAUUUGACAUUUGACGAGGUUGGAUUUUGGUUGGAAUCAAAUUCAAUGUGCUUGUGGCUAAUAUUUAGAAUUUAGUAUAUAUUUUAUGAUAGAUUUUAUGAAAUAAAAUAAAAAAUGGCAAAAAGACUACAAGAAUAUGUGAAAUAUAGCAUAAAAGAGUUGGAAUCUUAUACAAAACAAGAAGGUUCUUGUGUGCGUAAAAUAAAUUCCAAUUUACAUAUAUCAUUAGGUCCAUAUUGCCUUGCCGAUUUUAAACAUGCGCUCAGUGCUCAUAUAAUGCGACGCAAAGUUGGCUACUAUGAUGACAGUCUCGAAGGCAUUGUCUUGGACAUAAAGAAUAUCAAAGUGUUGAGCAAAUCAGCUGCCUUGCGAGCAGAUGAUCCACGUAUACAUGUUGACGUGAACGCCGAUUGCUAUGUGUUCUGUCCAAUCGCUGGUGCGAUAUUGAGCGGUGUGGUGAAACACAUUGGUAACCAUCAUAUCGGUGUAAUCAUUUACAGAGUUUUCAAUGUGAGCAUUAGGUUUGCAGCAAAGCUCAAUAAGGAGGAGUUCAAAAUGGAUGACACGGUGCAAUUUCGCAUAAAAAAUUUCAAUUUACAAAAUGUCUUCCCGUACAUUGAAGGUGAUCUUGUGACAGCCAGUGGCGAUAAUAUUACGCAUAAAUUUAUAAAGGUUGAACCGGAAAGUGCAGAUAGCAACAUAGAUUCCGGCAUUGAGUCGCGUGAUAAUCAAGAGCUAGACGAAUUAGUAAAUCUAAUCAAGCAAGAAAAGGAUUCGGAAGAGGAAUGCACUCCAACGAAAACAAACAAGAAAAAAGAUAAAGCUAAUUCCAGUAAAAGAAAGAGAAAAGCUAGCGAAAGUGUGGUGCCAGUUACCACACCAACACCUAUCAAAAAGGAGCCUUCAUCGGAGAAAAAGAAACGUAAACAAGCCGAUAGUGUAGAACAAGAAAAUACUAAAACUGACAAAGCUAAAGUGAAAAGUAAAACGAAAAAGAUAAAUGGUGAAUUAUUGAAUGCAACACAAAUUAAAAAGGAAGAAUUAGACGAUUUGUUUACAACGCCUACCAAGAAACGACGCAAGUCGAAAACGAAUAGUAUAUCACUUGAUAGUAGCUAGUGUUAUGCUAGUGUGGUAUUGAUUCUUCCCGAAACUCUCAAAUUAUUUGGGUAUAUUGACUGUCGCUAAUUUUAGUGUGUAAGAAGAAACAUAUUCAUGUCCUUAAGACCCAAUAGAGCCGCAUGUAAAAAGUGUCCCUAAAAGUUUCAAAUAAAAAACAACAACUAGUUUUUAAUAAGAUAAGAAUUGAUAUUUGAUAGAGUCUAUAGAGUGACCUAAAAAUAAUUGUUGGAUAUUUUUAAAAUAAAAAAUGAAGAAAAGUUUAUAA